AUGUCUGUAGGAGCACUCCUUCAAUGUACAGCUUUUGGAGUUCCACAGAUGAUUGUUGGCCGUAUUGUGGCUGGCAUUGGUAACGGCAUAAACACGUCGACAGCUCCAGUCUGGCAAGGAGAAACAUCCAAGGCAUCGUGGCGUGGUAAAUUGGUCAUCAUCGAGAUGAUCAUGAACAUUGCUGGUUUCAGUCUUAGCAAUUGGGUUACCUAUGGGUUUUCGUAUAUCGAUGGAGGCGUCGCCUGGCGUGUACCAUUAGCUCUGCAGUUCCUCUUCAUCUUCGUCCUCUACGGCACUGUACCGUGGUUGCCCGAAUCACCUCGCUGGCUUAUCAGCAAAGGUCGUGUCGAAGAGGCCAAUCACAUCCUUGCAGCGCUCGAAUCGACUACUCAUGAUGACCCACGCAUCAUCGCCGCGAGCAAUGAGAUUCAGUAUGCUGUCGACUACGAGCGCCAAAAUUCGCCUUCCUGGGGCGAGCUCCUUAGGGGCAAGACUGGCAAGGAGGGAGGUACCUGUACUAUGCGACGCCUCUUCCUAGGAAUGGGUGCUCAAGCAAUGCAACAGCUCGGCGGAAUCAACGUUACCUCCUACUAG